AUGCAGCCUAGACAUAAUGAGAUAACCUCGGGACUGACGACGGACGAGUACAGCUCCCAGAGGUGUGGAAGCCUGCGCCUGCGUGCUCGUGACGGCGCGUUUGGAAACCGCGUCGGGGCGUCAUCGCGCUUUCUUAGUGUUCCCACCCCACCUCCACGCGAUGCCGUCGCUCAACCAUUUACAUCUUCAACAUUCGGGCUUGCCACCGCAAUCUCCUGCAACUAUGGUACUUCGAACACGAUGCCGCUCCAAACACCUUCACCGCACCGCUUCCUAGCGCCAGGCCCACCCGCAACCCAGAAACCAAAGCUGAAGCCGCGAUCUGGCCUUCGCAAUGUACAGACACCCAGACCAACAGCCCUGCACUCGCGGAGCACAUAUGAAGAUACGAAUGAGACAACGCGGGUAGUGCCGGCGAAGCGGUUCGUCCUGCCCCAGCCUUCGUCGCGCAACCCCCCAAACACUGGAGAGCGGAGGAGAGGAAGAGACCAACACGACGAAGCUUGGGCAGAUACCCCCAUUACACGGCGGCCAAAGCCACGGCUUAGCAAGGCGGAGAGCAUCGACUGUACGUCUCCGUCAUCUUCGGCCAACACAGCAGUCAACGUCCUGCCAAGUAUCGAGCAAUCGUCCAUUCUCGUAGAAGACAAAGGUCAGGAGGAUGAUACGGAUGAAGAGGAGAUUCUGUUCGUCAGGGAAGAGCGCAACAAGCGGCGACGUGUCUCGCCGGACCCUUCAACAUCUCCCAGCCACGCGCGUACGGAGCCCGCUACUCCACACCAACAGUCAUCGCCGCAAAUAGCCUCUCCCGUAUCUCAUCGCUUCAAAAUCGCUAGUUCUCGGCCCAACGUGGCUGAGCAAGCAUCGACGCCCGUGGUAGACCGCCCGACUCAUCCUCGACCGCACUUCAUCCUACCGCAACUAUCACCUUCUCCAACCAAAUCAGUGGUACCACUCCCGGAAACCUUCUCACCUAGUCGCAAACACGGAAAAUACGUACCAAAUGGUAUGGCCUCCACUUUACAGAGUUGGAUCCUUGAGACGGCGAACACGGGAUACAGCGCUAAUACAAAUGCAAGCGUGUCAUGGGGAAGAGAUAAGGAAGACGGUGUGAAGCUUAGGAUCGAAGUCCUUAGCGUCAUGGGCGGCCGAGGUAGUGGUGAGUCGGAAGUGGAGUGCUGGCCAGGCGGCGUCGUUUUUCUGCGCGGUGUCACUGAUGCGAGCCUGUCUCAUGCGGCAGGAACGCUAGGCUUCACACAACCUGAAGGCAAUUACAACGAACGCCCCGAAUUCAAGAUCAUGCUUGCAGGGCAAGGCGGUGCGCGAGGGAAGGGAUGCGUCCGGGUGCGCGAGGGCGGCUUCGUAGGCGUGAGGACUCCAAUUUGGGAUGUGCACGUCGGCCAAGGACAAGAGGAAGAGAGGUUGCUUGUUGGGGUGGAUUGGAUGGUUCUGUGAUGCCGAUAUUGAGAGAAGCCAUGGUCUCUGUGAAGAAAUAUGUCCUAGCCUGGUAUGAUAU